CUUUUUUUCGGGCAGUAGCUAUUAUAUUUACAAGCUGGAUGAUGUCAGACAACGCAGAAUCUCCCACAGAAACACAAAAAGAAGAAUCAUCUACACAACAUCAACAUAAUGUCGCAGCAGAUUCCGGAGACACUGCAAAGACAGAGGAAAAGAAAAAGAUCGAUGUCCUGUUAAAGGCAGUAGGAGACACGCCUAUUAUGAAGACUAAGAAGUGGGCAGUAGAGAGAGGAAGGACUAUUCAGUCUCUCGCUCAGUUCAUCUCACGCUUUCUUAAACUCGAGCCCAGCGAACAACUGUUAAUUUAUGUCAAUCAAUCAUUUGCGCCAUCACCAGACCAAGAAGUUGGUGUCCUUUUCGAUUGUUUUGGCAGUGAUGGGAAACUUGUUCUUCAUUAUUGCAAGUCACAAGCCUGGGGAUGACCACACACGCGCAAACAUGCACACACACAAACACACACACUUACACACUCAAAUAAACAUAUCUCAAUGUUCUUGUCAAUUUUUAUAAUUACUAAUUAUUUGUUAUUUUUCUUUAUGUAAUAAAUGUAAAUAAAUUACUAUAUAAACAAA